CCUACUUUUGCCGUGUGGUGGUGAUUGUGGUGGAGGGGACCUCUCGAAGCAGUCAUAGAAGUACCAGGCUGUGAAGAACGCUGAAAGCCUCAGUGAAAAGGAGGCUUGUGCAGUCUGGGAAAAAGGAAUACAAGUAGCAUGAAGACUUUUGUAAGAAAUCUUCUUUCAGUACCUGUCAUGGAGUGAUCCUUGAAAGGUCAUCCCUUCUUCCUCAAGACCCACCUUGCUGUCUCUGCUACACACAGGCCUGGCCUUCCUUCCUUCCUUCCUGGCAGGUGCUUUCCCCUAGUUAGACAAUGGGGAGAGGUGAUGCCCAGGAUGGCCAGCUCCCUGAAAGAGUGAAGCCCCCAGAUGGUGGCUGGGGCUGGAUUGUGUUGCUGGGUUGUUUCAUCAUCACUGGCUUCUCCUAUGCCUUUCCAAAGGCGGUGAGCAUCUAUUUCAAGGAGCUGAUGCACGACUUCCACGUGGGCUACAGUGACACGGCAUGGAUCUCAUCCAUCAUGCUCGCCAUGCUGUAUGGAACAGGUCCUGUGAGCAGUAUUAUGGUGAAUCAGUUUGGGUGCCGGCCUGUGAUGCUUGUUGGUGGGCUCUUGGCUUCCUCUGGCAUGAUUCUAGCAUCCUUCACCACUAAUAUUAUUGAACUCUACUUGACAGCUGGCAUGCUGACAGGUUUGGGCAUGGCUCUGAACUUUCAGCCAUCUCUGAUCAUGUUAGGUGCCUAUUUUGACAAGCGUAGACCUCUGGCUAAUGGGCUUGCUGCAGCUGGGAGCCCAGUCUUCCUGUCAGCCCUCUCCCCAUUAGGUCAAGUCUUGCUGGAGAAGUUUGGCUGGAGAGGGGGAUUUCUUAUCAUGGGGGGGCUCCUACUCAACUGCUGUACAUGUGGGGCAGUCAUGAGACCCCUGGAGACCAGUAAGAAGACAAGAGAGAAAGCUCAUGACAAAUAUGAAGCCAAAGAAAUGCUGCCAAUGGGAGGGCAGGCGGAAGAGGCCAUCAGCACCACGGACAGUGCCAAGAAGUCAAAGAAAGCCAAGAAGAAAAAGAAACCCAAGAAAGGGAAGAAACUGUUAGAUUUCUCUAUCUUCAAAAACCGGAAUUUCGUCAUUUAUGCCAUUGCCAAGUUCAUCAUGGUUUUGGGUCUCUUUGUGCCCACCAUAUUGCUGGUCAACUAUGCCAAAGACAUAGGAGUGCCAGACACAGAAGCAGCUUUUCUGUUGUCCAUCAUUGGGUUCAUAGAUAUUUUUGCCCGUCCAUCCUGUGGUAUCCUUGCUGGAUUGAAGUGGGUCCGGCCUCAUGUCACCUACUUGUUCAGCUUUGCUAUGCUCUUCAAUGGACUGACAGAUAUCUUCAGUGCCAGGGCUAAUAAUUACACAUCCCUUGUCAUGUUUUGUGUCUUCUUUGGCAUCUCCUAUGGGAUGGUGGGGGCUCUACAAUUUGAAGUGCUCAUGGCCAUCAUUGGAUCUCAGAAGUUCUCCAGUGCCAUUGGGCUUGUCCUGCUAAUUGAAGCUUUUGCUGUGCUUAUUGGACCACCUUCUGCAGGACGACUAGUGGAUGCACUCAAGAAAUAUGAAGUUAUCUUCUAUCUUGCUGGCUCUGAGGUUGUAUUAUCUGCUCUCUUCCUGGCUAUUGCUUCCUACUGUUGCCUGAGCAGGGAGAAAAAGAAAACCUCACAACCAGAAGAUCCUCCUGCAGGUGGAGGUGGCAGUGAAACAGAAGAAGCAGAAUCAGAUAUACAGGAAGGGGAGGAUCAUCACCCUGGUGACAAUCGCCACCUGUCCCACAGCAUGAACAAUGCUGGGACUGAUGCAGUGAAUCACAUGGUGGAGAACCGGAAUGUGAAUGGAGCUGGGCGGCCAGAAGGAGAAGGUGAAGCCUUCAUACCAAGUGGCUGCAAUAUUGACCAUGCAGUGGAAAGAAAUAGUUUUUAGCUGCGUGCUUUUAUGAACAAAGACAAUAUCAUCCAAUCGAUGGGAACUGAUCUGAUUUAAAGAAAGUUGGUAUGUUUGGAUGGUGUGGAGAGAGAGAGAGA